GCGCGUCGCAGCCAAUCAGGGGCCGCCUCCGCUUCCGAACGCGGCGCUCAUUGGUCACGGCGCAGCGCAGUGGCUAAGAGGGCGAGCGUGGGAACGGGAUGCAGCAGAGGGAGCCCGACCCAGACCCUGCGAGAAGAAGGAGGAGGAGGAGAGGCAGCGGCAAGAAGGAGAAGAGGAGGAGGAGCACACCGGCCCCACUUUCUGCUUCCCUUGGGCUUCUCCUCCUCGAAGCCUGGGCGCCCCGAUCCCUUGGAGGAUGAAGAGGGCGCAGCCGGAGUACAGCUCCUCCGACAGCGAGUCCCUGGACGAACCCAUCGAGGUGGAGAAGGAGAGCGCCGACGAGAAUGGAAACUUGAGCUCUGCUCCAGGUUCCAUGUCUCCAACCACCACGUCUCAGAUCCUGGCUAGGAAAAGACGCCGAGGAAUUAUUGAGAAACGACGCAGGGAUCGGAUCAACAACAGCUUAUCUGAGCUGAGGAGGCUGGUGCCUAGUGCUUUUGAAAAGCAGGGAUCAGCCAAACUGGAGAAGGCUGAAAUCUUGCAAAUGACUGUGGAUCAUCUGAAAAUGCUGCACACAGCAGGAGGGAAAGGUUAUUUUGAUGCGCAUGCUCUUGCUAUGGACUACCGGAGUCUUGGUUUUCGAGAGUGUUUGGCUGAAGUAGCCCGCUACCUGAGCAUUAUUGAGGGACUAGACACCACUGAUCCUCUCCGUGUCCGCCUUGUGUCUCAUCUGAAUAAUUAUGCCUCUCAGCGGGAAGCAGCAAGCAGUCCGCACCCAGGGCUUGGACAGAUCCCAUGGGGCAAUGCCUUUGGACAUCACCCCCACAUCUCUCACCCAUUGCUAUUGCCUCAGAAUGGGCACACGACUGCAAAUGGCUCAGCCUCUUCUACAGAAGGCCACCACCCAAGCAGAAGCACUGCUUCUCAUGCUGAGUCGUCUUCGCUGAGAGCACAUCCUAAUGGCAGCAUUGGACCGGUGCUUCCUGUGGUCACUUCUGCUUCUAAACUCUCUCCCCCCUUGCUGUCUUCCAUGGCCUCUCUGUCUGCAUUCCCCUUUUCUUUCAGUUCGUUCCAUCUCUUAUCUCCUAAUGCUCUCAGUCCAUCUACUCCAGUGCAGUCAGCCAGCCUUGGCAAACCCUACAGACCUUGGGGGACUGAGAUUGGUGCCUUCUAAGAGGGAGGAGAGAUGGGUGUGUGUGUGUGUGCACAUGCAAAUAUCCAGCUGAACUGGGAUGUUUCCAACUUCAGUCUUGAACUCUCUUAACUAUUUGAUGUAAAAUGGUACAAUUUUACUUUUAACAGAGUUUGUACAAAAAAAGAGAGAAUGUGUGAGCAUUUUCCUCCUGUUUGUUUUAGCAGACUUUUUUUUUAAAUCCAGAAGUUUAUCCAGAUCUUUAAAUCACAAUAGAUACUUAAUUUUUAAAAUAGAAUUGUGGUGACUAUUUUAUUAUGUUAGUGGUAUUUUUCUUGAGUGAUCCCAUUUGUCAAGAGUACUGUCUUUUGUUGUUGUUUUUUUAAAUAGUAGGCUGUCUUUUUAAAGAAAGAGCAAUGGAAUAUUAACACACAUUUUAUUCUGUUUUUAUCUUCUUGUGAUUCUGAGAUGUUCUUCAAGGAGGAAAUUCCUUUUAAAGCUAUAUUUUGACUUCUGUCUUUUGGAGGAAAAGCGUUGACAAAUCAGAUGGACUGGCUUAAUCCAAGAAAAGGAAAUAAAUAUCCUUUCUGUGACUCGUGCAGUGGUCAUUCUGCUUCGUGGGUUGUUUUUGCUUCCUGUUCAAGUCUCUGUUUCUUGUGCCAAAUUAUCUACAUAGUUUCUGCCAUUGGGGAAAAAAUUCUGCAAAAGUCACAGAAAGGUGGCACAUUUAUGUUCUAAUUCUAGGAGUCUGUCCAUGUUUACUCCAGAUUUUGACACACUGGGUUGCCUCCAGGGCUAGCAAUACAGUCCUGUGUCUACUCUGAAGUAAGCCCUAUUGUGUCCAGUGGGCUUUACAUCUAAAUAAGAGUUAUAACCUAAAUUAACACAACUUAAUUCCCAUUAAUAUCAGUGUGAGGUCAGUCAGUCAUCACUAAGUUGUCCCACUGGUUUCAAGGGAAACUAUAUUGAAGUGACUUUGAUUUGUUCCAGUCUGUUUCCUCCUUAUUGUCCUGUACAUCAUUUAAUUUUAGGAUACAUUGUGAGUUUAAGUUACUCCAAGAAGGGCUACCAGGUUUCAGUCCAGACAAUGGGUUGUAUCCAAUCUAAGUUUGGUGUAGUUGGUCCCACUGAAAUCAGUGGAAUUUAAGUUACGUCAUGAUUUAAAAUUUCACAUUGAUUUCAGUGAGCAUCUUAUGCAGCUUGUCUUAAAUUCUUCUUCCUUUACUUUUAAAUGUACUGAUAAAGCUUCUGUCUUCUGCAACCUCUUGAUUGAACAUGGAAAUGAAAUCUUGUUUGCAGUUUGGGGUGGGUGUGAAGGUGGAAGUUGUUGAAAUAUAUAGGGAGUGGAAUGGGUGAGGGAAGCCAAUUUCUGUGCCUCCAGCUUUGUUAGUACAUUUGAAGAUACACCCACAUUCAGAGGGUUGCAAUUGGUAUUCUUAGGUUAAGCACAAAAACUAUAUGGUUCUGUUGUGGUCCCUUCUUCACUGAUCAACUAGAUCUCACCACCACCACCUCUCUCUCAUGUACUAAUUUCCCCUACAAAUACUGUAGUUUCUGAACUAUCCUGAAUAGAGUGGCAGCAUACAAGUGAAGAAAGAGAUUCUGUUCCACCGGAGGUGGACACAAUUGGAUAUAAUCUUUUUGCAUUCAAAAUAAGGAUUGUGAAUCACUUUAUAGUGCACCAUUAUUUUCCCAAAUCAGCAUAAUUGAUCACUUUUACAUAAAUACAUCUCACAUCACAGAAUUUAGGAUUUUGUCUUGGAGUAUUCCAGCAAAUCAGGGUAUACAAUUAAACAUCAGCUACAGUCUUUAUCAGUGCCUGUUAUCAUAGUACAUACUUAGAUAAUGCAGAAAGAAAUUUACUAAAUUGAUGAGUGCGGGGGGGGGGGGGGGGGGGACUUCAAAAAACAAAACAAAGCAAAACAAAACCCUAGGGUAAUGCAAAGGUGAUACCUCAGUUUCAAAAGGGUUCUUGUAUAUAUUUUGGUAUUGUUUUUAAUAUGGCUAUUUUAAAGACAAUUCCACCAGAUUGAUUGUGAUCAUUUUUGUAUUUUGUUUCUAAUAAAAGGAUAAGACCAGCAAAACUGAAUGAUAGGUUUCUGUAACCAGACAAAAGAAAAGGAUAUGCACUUUUCAACAAGUUAUGGUAAAGCAAUCACCUGUUUGUGUUCCUUUAAAUGUAAUGUUAUUUAGUAAAGAAUAUGUCUUAUCUUAA